GCAGUAAGAUCCAGGAUGGGAGAGGGGAUGCUAUCGCUCUCUUGGAACAACCAUACUUCUACAUUUUGCCACAUGUUAUCCUCUUUACGGGAAAAGGAAAGAUAUACAGAUGUUACUGUGACCUGUGAAGGCAAAUUCUACUCAGUACAUAAACUUGUUCUUUCAACGUGUAGUGACUAUUUCCUAAAAAUGUUUGAAAGAACACCGUGCAAACACCCAAUUAUUGUGCUUAAAGAUAUUCAUUGUAAAGAAAUAGAAGCUCUCCUCAAUUAUAUGUAUGAUGGAGUUGUGAGUGUGGCACAGAAUGAUUUGUCACAGCUUAUAAAAGCAGCAGAGCUAUUGCAAUUAAAAAGCUUAGCAGUACCUGAUGAACCCCCCGGGUCCUCAGGCAGAAAAACUCAGAAUGCAAGGAAUUCAACAGAUGAUAGAAUAAGCCCAAAUCCCAAACGCCACAAACGAGAUCAAGGAGAGACCCAAAAUACACUGCAAUCCUCACCAAAGUUACCUUUCCAUCAAGAAAAAGGUCAGACACAAGAUACUUCACUGUCACCAAGACUACCAAAUAAGUCAGAACAAGCUGGAGAUAUAGAAAAUCCCAUAGCAAGUGAAGGACAAGAAUAUCAAGCAUGCCAAAGACAAGAACAGGCUGAGGAUGCAUAUCCUAACCAUGAGAUACACCUCCAUGAUAACCAAGGAGUUGAGCAACACCAUAUUGUAAAAGAUUCUCCUAAUUCAGAUGCUGAGAUCAUAGUUGAUGAGACUCUGAUUAAGGAAGAAAUUUUGGAUAGCAGUAAUGAGGGUGAUAUCCCGGACCCAGGCCUUGAAUACAAUAGUAUAGGUCCAGAAUUAGGGCCAGAUAGUGGAGAAGGCAUGGAAGAUAAUAUGAAUCUGGAUUUGGCAGCAUCUUUUGACCACUCUGAUGGACACACCUAUAAUUCUCAAGCAGGGCCUUCAGGAUUGCAGGGGUGGUCAGUACUUAAUGAGACUGGGCAAGGGUCAGCACAGGAUUAUUGUGCAGAGAUGAACCAGAUGUGUCCCUAGCAAGCCAUUAUAGGCCUCUCUCACAGCAGCAGCAGCAACAACAGCAUGACCUGGUACGAACGCUACCGGACGAUCUUCAGGCGUGUCAGCGCAGAGCCAGCAGCGCUGCCUACAACCACAGAUGUCCUUUCUGCUCCUACACCUUCCUUACUCCAUCUUUGCUUCAGCGACACAUCCGGACACACACAGGAGAGAAGCCCUUCACCUGCCCCUACUGUCCAUUCCGCUCCGCCAGGAACUGCAACCUCAAGACGCACUUGCUCGUUCACUCUGUGGCAAGGAGGAGUGCUUCGAAAACUAUCAACAAAGCCACACGAGCUCUAAUUAAGCCAAGUGAUGGCGCCGCGGCAUGAGUGUAUUUGCCAUGACGAAAUUACAUUUUAGCAAACACUGCUGUAAUGAAACACAGGUACUACCAUGAUGAACGGUGUCAUGUUUAAGGGUGUGUGCAUUUAGAUAAAAUUAUGGCAAUAAAAGGAAGACAGUA